AAAUGUCCCAGCAUGCGUCGCACAUCAAGUUCGAUGCAAAGCAAAUAAUCAGUGACAUAAAUCCGAAGUAAGCCACCCCCUUCACCGACUCCACCGACGCAAGCACAAGAUGGCCUCGCCGGAGGCCGAGACUUCGCCGCCGUCCACGCCCACCACCACGGCCUCAUGUCCCACCCCGCGCCCGCUGGCGACCUCGCCGACUAUGAACGCCGAGCUGCUCCGCGCCGCCCGGAGCGGCGACGAGCGGCGGCUCGUGAAGGCGCUCCUCGCGGACCCGUCCGCCCCCGACCUCGAGGUUGCCGCCACGGCCGGAGGGAACACGCUCCUCCACGUGGCCUCCGCGGGAGGGCACGCGGAGCUCGCGUCGCUCCUACUCCGACGCGCCCCGCGCCUCCUCGCCGCGCGCAACGCCGCGCUCGACACCCCGUUCCACCUCGCCGCCCGCGCCGGGGCCCACAAGGUCGUCGCCCUCCUGGUCGCCUCCUCGUCCUCAUCCUCCCCCGCAUCCUCCCUGUGCGCCCUGACCAGGGCCACGAACAGGCGCGGCGAGACGGCGCUGCACGACGCCGUGCGGGGAGGCCACGAGGCCGCGGCGCGCGCGCUGGCCGCCGCGGACCUGGGGCUCGUGGGGCUGUGCGGCGGCGCCGUGGAGUCGCCUUUGUACAUGGCGGCGGCGGCUGGGUCCCUGGGGAUGGUGCGCGUGCUCUUAAGGACAUAUAGGAGUGCGGAGGAGGAGAAAGUGGUGCCCGUAUUGGGCUCGUGCACGGGUCCGGGAGGCCGCACGGUGCUGCACGCUGCCGUUCUCACGAGCAACGAAAUGACACAGGAAUUGGUGCAGUGGAACCCAACUCUUGUGAAACAAGUUGAUGAUUCGGGCAGUACUCCUCUUCACUACAUUGCAUCUGUUGGAAAUAUUUCCACAAUGAAGCUCUUAUUGCGCCAUGAUACUUCUUCAGCAUACGUCUCAGAUUCAAAUGGCUUAUUCCCUGUGCAUAUUGCUGCUAAAAUGGGAAAUGGUCAACUCAUCUAUGAACUCUGUAGAUACUGCCCAGAUUGUGACGAAUUGCUUGACAGUAGAGGAAGAAAUUUCCUACAUAUUGCUGUUGCACAUAAGAAAUGGAAAGUUGUUUGGCAUUUCUGUGGCACCGCGGAGCUUGGAAGAAUGGCGAAUGUCAUGGAUUCUGAAGGGAACACACCUCUGCAUCUUGCUGUCAAGAAUGCAGACCAGAUGAUAGUGAGCCUUCUGAUGGCAACUACAGUUGUAUUGCCAAAUAUAGUGAACAACCAGGGCCUCACUGCCUUGGAUCUUGCGGUACUGGCAACUGACAAAGGAAUAAGUUAUACACUGAAUCCACAGGUCAUUAUACUUCGCUGCUUGGCAUGGACAGGAGCUGUCCUUAGUCCUCGUCGGCUGGAUCAUUUCAUAGAUGAGUUCAGCAUUGGGAAAACUUCUGGAAACGAGCUCAAGAAAUUUACCAACAUUUCGCAGAAUUUAAUUGUUGGCUCAGUGCUUGUCUCUACAGUCACGUUUGCAGCACUUUUCACUCUGCCUGGUGGCUACAUAUCAGAUGGACAUCCACACGCCGGUGCCCCAAUAUUGUCACACAGAUAUACUUUCAAGGCGUUUGUGAUGGCAAACACUCUUGCAUUUGUUGGCUCCACGUUGUCCACCAUUUGGCUCACUUAUGCUGGAUCAGAACAUGUUCAUCCGCUGCUUCGUGCAAUCUACAUGUUCCUCUCUGUAAUUUCGAUGGAGCAGGCAACAAGAAGUAUGGUUCUAGGAUUCGCAUUGGGAGCAUAUGUUGUUUUGAGCCCAGUUAGUGAUCGGAUUGCCAUCGUGGUCUGCCUGUGUACCUUCACGACCCUCUUGCUUCGCAACCCAUCUAGUUGGCAGCUAUGGUUCCUGAUCAUGCCAAUAAAGAGGCGAUUGGGGUGGAGAGGAGCUUUUAAAACCCACUUGCCUCAAGAAACAAGGGGUCGUAUUACAGUUGGUAUUGGCUCCAAUUUUGCUCGUCUAUUCCUUCGGAGGAUGCUUGGUAUGGUAUUUACUUACAGCUUUAUCUUUCUGUUGGCAUUGCUAUGAGAACUGCAACAGUGUGCCUUGGUGUAAGAUUCACAUUCCUUGGAAGAGUUGCGUGUUUUGUAUAUAGAAGUUCUUCAAGUUGCAUGGUGCUGGGUUUUCCUUUC